CACCGUUACCGAUUACCACUCGCCAGUAGCGCGGGUUCGAGAGGGGUGAAGCCGACGAAAACCCCCUCCCUCUCCAACCGAGCGGCGCGUAGGGUUUAGGGGGGGAAUGGCGGGAGGAGGAACAGGAGGAGGCGGCCGUGGCGACUCCUCGCCGGCGAUCAAGCCGAUCAACAGGGCGGUGGUGCACCGUAUCUGCUCCGGCCAGGUCAUCUUCGACCUCUCCUCCGCCGUCAAGGAGCUCGUCGAGAACAGCCUCGACGCCGGCGCCACCUCCGUCGAGGUCAGCCUCAAGGCAUACGGCGAGGAGUGGUUCAAGGUCGCCGACAACGGAUGCGGCAUCUCGCCCAUCAACUACCAGGCGCUUGCUCUUAAGCACCACACAUCCAAGAUAUCGGAAUUCUCGGAUCUCAACUCCGUGGUCACCUUCGGGUUCCGUGGGGAAGCGCUAAGCUCGCUCUGCGCGCUAGGGAAACUGACGGUUGAGACGAGGACCAAGGAUGAGCCGGUGGGGACGCACCUGGAGUUUGAGCACUCGGGCGUGGUAAUCAACGAGAGGAAGACCGCGCGGCAGGUGGGCACCACGGUGACCGUCGAGAAAUUUUUCUCCACCUUGCCAGUCCGGAGCAAGGAGUUUAGAAGGAAUAUUCGGAAGGAGUAUGGGAAAGUGAUCUCUCUGCUGAAUGCUUAUGCCUUGAUUGCAAAAGGGGUCAGAUUGCUUUGCACCAAUACCGUCAGCAAAAAUUCUAAAAUGGUGGUGCUUAGAACUCAAGGAAGCAGUUCAAUGAAAGACAAUAUCAUUACCGUAUUCAGUUUAAACACUUUCAAAUGUCUCGAGCCCUUCAGUGUUACCAUCUCAGAUGACUGCCAAAUAGAAGGUUUUCUUUCAAAACCUGGACCUGGUACUGGUCGCAAUUCAGGAGAUAGACAAUUCUUCUAUGUGAAUGGCAGACCUGUUGAUAUGCCAAAGGUCACAAAACUGGUGAAUGAGCUGUACAGAAGCUCAAAUGCCAAGCAAUAUCCUGUGGCUAUCCUGGAUUUCUGCAUUCCAACUAAAUCGUAUGAUGUGAAUGUCGCACCUGAUAAGAGGAAAGUUUUCUUCUCGUCUGAAAGUAUGAUUCUGCGAUCUUUACGGGAAGCUAUUGAAAACCUGUACUGCCCUCAGCAGUGCAGUUUCUCCAUCAAUCACAUCGAAGAUCCUGAAAAGGAAGAGGAUCCUGUUAUUGAUGAGCGUAAUGAAGAUACAAAUUUGAUAGCAGAGGAAAAUAUUUCAUCUCCUGAAAACAGUGAUGACAAGGAAGAAACAGAUAGCGAGGAUGAGGUUUCACCAGAGAAUCAGAAAGUGUCUUCUUCAGUGACCAGGGUAGCCAUUGAAGCUACAGAUAGCAAUGCGAGCCCCUUGUCAAGAGCCCCAGCCACUCAGGUUGAUAGAUCUGCUUGGCUUCCAUCCUUCUCGUAUGAGCAGCCAAAAAGACCGUUUAAAGAAGGAAAAGGUUAUUCACCGGGAGGAAAUCAUUUUAGAACUGGGCUUGCUGCAAAGUCUACCCAUUCAAGUAUUGUUCAAUCUUCUCUGAUGGACUUUGUAUCACUAAACAAGCGGAAGCACAGAGAAGAUUGCUAUCUUAUUUCUGAAGCUCCAGUGCUGAGAAGAGGGACAUGCUCAGAACAAGUGAAGAGAACAAGUUUGGAAGCAAACACUGUAUCACUAAACAAGCGGAAGCAUGAAGACGAUUGCAAUCUUAUUUCUGAAACUCCAGUGCUGAGAAGCGGGACAUGCUCAGAACAAGUGAGGAGAAGAAAUUUAGAAGCAAAUUCACCAGUUGCAUUAAGCUCAAGCAUAUCUAAUAUUCCUGAGUUCAAUUUGCCUCGGGAAACAAACUCUUUACAACAUAAUUCCCCACAAUCAUUUGUAUCUGAGAGAACAGAUGUUUCACCGCAUUCUAAACCACCUAAAAUUGGGACCUGUGGUAUGGAAUUGCCUCGAUUAGGUCCACGUGAUGUUCACACUACAGAACCUGAUGUGGAUGAUCAGCCUGAUCGAUGCCUUUCAAACUCUGGUGCUCCUGAUAAAUAUUCAGAUAUGGAACAUCAGAAUACAUUGACCGAUGGUCCUUUGCCUGAUGCUCAUGAUUUUGACAAUAGGGGUGCAGUAUGUUCUACAUCAGUACAAUAUCCCAUUAAACAAUUUACGGUUGCUGAACUUAGGAGAAGAAGAAAGAUUGGUUUUAUGACGUCACAUGCAGAUAAAGCAUAUUGUCUUGAGAAAAAUACAAGGUGCUAUAAAGCUGCAACACUGGAUACUUAUGUACCCUUAGGUGAUGAGGCAAAAUUGAAUUUGUCAGCUGCAGCCACCGAUGAGUUGGACAGGCUUUUCAGUAAAGAUGAUUUUGGAGAGAUGGAGGUUGUUGGGCAGUUUAAUCUUGGUUUUAUCAUUGGAAAGCUUGAUCAGGACCUGUUUAUUGUAGAUCAGCAUGCCGCCGAUGAGAAGUACAACUUUGAGACCCUUUCACAAUCGACAACUUUAAACAUACAGCCUCUUCUCCAGCCACUGAGGCUUGAUCUAUCACCAGAGGAAGAAGUAAUCGUUUCUAUGCACAUGAGCACUAUCAGAAAAAAUGGUUUUGUUUUGGCAGAAGAUUUGCAUGCUUCCCCUGGUAACCAUUAUCUUUUGAAAGCUGUGCCAUUCAGCAAAAAUAUUACUUUUGGUGUCCAAGAUGUAAAGGAGCUGAUCUCCAUGCUUGCUGAUAGUCAAGGAGACUGUUCAAUAAUCAGUAGCUACAAGCUGGAUAGAACUGAUUCUAUUUGCCCUUCGAGGGUUCGUGCUAUGUUGGCUUCGAGGGCUUGCAGAAUGUCUACUAUGAUUGGUGAUCCACUAACAAAAGCCGAGAUGAAGAAGAUACUUAAAAAUCUAACAGGAUUAAGGUCCCCUUGGAACUGUCCUCAUGGGAGGCCAACAAUGCGUCACCUAGCUGAUCUGCAUGCUAUAAAAAACAAAGAUUCUGCAGUAUCAGAUGCGACGUUUUGAGGAUGGCUCAGCUGAUCGGCGGAUCAUGCUGGGCUUAGGCCGUCCCGUUUUCGCUGCUCCCAAUGGAAGAAGGUUUCUAGCUCCAUGGCCAAUAUGGCUUGUAACGUGUGCAUAUGUGCGCCCCUCCAGGCCUAAGCACCCACCUGUUGCAGAACGAUACUUUCCCGUCUAUCAACGGAUUCCUUUGCCUGUGGUAAAUCUAUGGCACUCUUUGUCCAGGGACAGCGUUUUAUUUAAUUUGGCAAAGAAAAGCUUUGAAUUUGGCGAGCUGGUUGAUGAUUA